GUCCUCCGCCAGAAAGUUAUACAUGUAAAAAAUGCAAUAUUGCUGGCCAUUGGAUUAAAGAUUGUCCUCAAGGCAGUCAAAAUAAAAAACGUCAACAAAAUAAACCGAAACCAAUUCCUAAGGACUAUGUUUGUCAUUCGUGCAAGGAAGUAGGAAAACAUUUUAUAUUUGAUUGUCCCAACUACCAAUGUAAAGGAUGUGGCGAAAAAGGUCAUCACCCUAGGGAUUGCCCAACAUUCCUGCAAGCUAAACAAAAUAGACAAGUAUACGCUCCACGCUCUCCACCCACUCCACCCAAUCUACAAGCUUGCUGGUUUUGUUUAUCCAAUCCGAAAACUGUUAGACACUUGAUUGCCUCUGUGGGUACCGAAGUGUAUUUAGCGCUGGCUAAAGGAAGUUUGAUUGAUACUCAAGACCCUACCGCAUCGAUUGUACCGGGUGGUGGCCAUGUUAUAUUGGUUUCAAUCAUGCAUUACUCCACGUUCCGAGAAGCUCCACUUGACGAUCAAAUUAAUUUGACAGCUGAAAUGGAAAAAUAUAAAAGUUCAUUGAAAAGAUUUUUCCAAGAAUGUGGAGCAGGAAUGGUAUCAUUUGAAGUAUCUUAUUUCAGUAGAAAACAACUGCAUUAUCACGUACAAAUUGUACCAGUUCCAUUUGAACAUGAUUCCGAAAAGAUUCGUAAUGCAUUCCUCGAGGAAGCUAAUUCCGACCAAAUAAAGAUUCACCAAGUCCAAGGAUCUUCAACUAUUGUACCCGUAAACUAUUUUAAAGUAGAUUUACCUGAUGGAUCUAGCUUGAUACAUGAAAUUGCUACGAAUGAACAAUUUGAUGUACAAUUUGGAAGAAAAGUUCUUGGCAAGUUAUUAGGGUCGCCACAGCGUGUUAAUUGGAGGGAAUGUGUAAUAUCUGACGAACUCGAAAGAGCGGAUACCGAAAAAUUCAAGGAAGCAUUUAAGAAAUACGAUCCCAUGGCGAAUGAACAUGAAAUCAAUAUAUCAUUAAGAGACGAAUGUAAAGCCAAAGAACAAGAAUUGCGUGCAUCACUCCAAGAACUCGAUCUUUUAACAUUCCACAAUCAAAGAUUAACCAAACGUAUUGAAAACCUUCAAGAUUCGAGCGCAGCGAAAUCGUCACCAGGUUGGUUAGUCGGGUCAGCAAAAAAAGAACUUGAGAGAACCAAAGCUCUUUUGGAAUCUACAAGUGGAGAAUUGACAAAGGAAAUUGAAAGAAAUGAAUCAUUGCAUAAAGAACUUUUUGAGGCCAAGAGUUUAUACACACAACAUUCGAAUGUUCUUGGAUCCAAGAUUUUAGAAUUAGAAAGAAAGGCCGAAGAGCUCCAGAAUGAAUUAACAAGAUCACAUCUUGCUAGCGAAGAUGCUAUGAGUACAUCACGUCAAGAGAAGAGCGAGCUUGAUAAUGAACUUGAACAAACAAGAUCAGAAUUACUCAU